UUGUACACGGUCUUAAAGAAAAAUAUCGCUUUAUGAAAAUAAGUAAAUUACGCGUUAAUAAAUAUAAAAAUAAACAAAAAUUGCGGUGAAACAUAAAACUAUCAAACAGUAUACAUUAUAUUAAAUUGCAAUGAAGAAAAUUGACUAGAAACAAAAAAGUCCUAACAAGGUGAAAUUUUUAUCUACGCCAAAGUAGCACAAGCAACAACAAUUGAAAGAAAAAAUAAAACAAAACGGGAAAGAAAACUACCACCAAAAAGAAGAAAAAAAAUUGCGCGAAAAAGCAUAGCGUAGACACAACAGAAACACGAAUAUGAACAUACCGCAUAGCAGGGCAGACAUGUCUAGUGCCAGGUGAAUCCUAAAAUUUUAUCUCUGAUAGAAAAUAAAACAAAAUCCAGACCAUCAAGGAAACAAAAUUUUCCAAAUCGACAAAAAGAAAAAAAAAAAAGUAGAAAGAGUGUGUGUUUUCUGCAGACAACAGGCUGUUUCAGUAAUACGUACGAAGACAAGUUUUCUUUUUCUCAUGCAACAAAGUGGGUCUCGUUAGAAAGGUGAAAUGUUGCAGUUUUUUUAUAAAUAAAUCAUUGAAAAUCCUACUACUACCGGGUAUACAUUUUGCAUAAUAAACAGUAUUUGAGUUUGUCAUUUGGAAAAGGUACAUGCAAAAAAAGGAACAUUGCAACUAAACCAUGACACUGCCGAAAAUCUUUUCUUUGGCAUCGAAAAAUUUCAAUAACUUUGAUACUAUGUCAUUUGAGACUGGCACAACUACACAAACAAAUUCAUUAUUAUCGCACCAAGAACAACAACAAGGCUUAAGCUCAUUAAGUAACCAACAGUCAACAAUGUCUACAUUGCCACUCGCACAAAACGCUAGAACUCCAGAAACAAAUACAAUGUUUGAUGCUAAUACUAAUUUAAAUUUACCCCCCAUACAGCAGUUGGUAUCUGAAAACCCAGAAUCACAAUUAUUGGUAGAAUGUGUUAUGCCUGGUAUAUAUUUGACCAAAGAUUUUAUAUCAUGGAAAGAGGAACAGUUGCGCGCCCGUGGAUUCACACACAUCAUCAUAAUUGAUAAACAUAUACAGGAGUUAUACUAUCCAAAUCAGCAACCCGACAUUUUUAAACUCUGUUCCAUGAAUAAUGAAAAGGCAAAAAGUCUUACACAUGGCGCUAGACGUGACGAUAGUUCCUCUUUAAAUGCAUUUGAUUAUUAUUGCCCGCCCAGUGCCGUAAACCAUUUAAGUUUUAGCAAAGAAUUUAAAGUGAUUGACUUAAAUUUUGGCGAAAAAUCUUACUUAACCACAGUUUUACCAAACUGCUAUAGAGCGGUUAAGUUCAUCAAUAAAGCCUUACAAGCCGGUGGCAUGAUCUUGGUGAUUGACUGUAAUGGUGGCGAACAAAAAUGUCUAACAAUUAUUGUUGCUUAUUUGAUGUAUAAACAUAAUAUUAGUUUUAGUAAUGCCUUUGCCCGCCUUAAAGAGUUUUAUAAGAAAGCUGAUUUGGAUCGAUUUUACAUUAGUCAACUUUAUGAAUAUGAACCCAUUCUACAAGUACAACGUGCACAGUCACGAGGCCACAGUUGUUCUAGAGAACUUCAUGCUGCCAUUUUAAAACGUAAAAAAAAUCACGAUGACGAUGAUGCAACAUUGGAUAACAACACCACAUGCUCGACAUCAGAUUCAUCCUGCUACGCCAAUACCACCACCAGCACCUACUCCAAUGCAACAACUACAACAACAGAAUUGUUAAAUAAUUGCAAUCCCCUAAAUCGUUUUGAUAGCACACAAAUGGAAAGACAAGCGAUAAAACCGCCAAACCAUAAUCAUCAAAUGUCCCAGGAUAACCGUAAUCUUCAUACAUUUACUCGUUUUAUGAGUGGAUCGACAUCAUCAUCAACAACAACAGGUGGUUGGUAUAAUUGGGAUGAUUAUGCUAUGGAAUAAACAGAACAUGCACAUAUGUAUGCAUGUUAUGUAGUUUACAAUAUUUACUUACAACUACAACAUGUUAAAAUACAAUAUGAUACAAGUAUACAUUUUAUAGAUUAUUUUUUAUAUAUACAUACAUAAUUUUUUUUCUUUUCUUGUAAAAAAGAAAACAUACAUAUUUUGAAAUUGUAUCAUCCUAAAGAAAUGAUAUAUUGUGAAUAAUAUUUGCAAACUUUGCAUAAUAUGUAUAACGUAAUAAUUUAUGAAACAGUCAACACGUUGUGAAAUAAUAAUACGAACAUAUAUUAACAUUAUUAAUAUUAAAAUAUUAUUAAAUUUGGCUAUGCUCAUUCAAAUUAAAAUUGUUUGGCUAGAAUUUUUAACCAAUAUCAAGUUUGCCCCAGGUCUACUUGAAAUGUUCUUAUAAUUAUUUCGCAUACUGUGGAUACAAAUACUCCCAUAUAUAGUCUGGUAAGUGAAGAACUGAACUUGUUAUGCUUUAAAAGAGUACUACAUUUCAUUAUAAAAAAAAUAUUGAUUUAAUAUCUAUAUAAAAUUGGAAUUUGUACUUGUAAUUGGAAAAUUAAAAAUAUUUUUUAACCACAUUUUAUAAUUUUCUUAAUUUUUUUUUAAUUUUAAAUUAUUCGUUUGAAUGUUUUCUUCAAAAUCUAAAUGCAAAAAAAAGACUUUCUAAAAAGAACCACUACAAAUUGUAAAAAUGUAAUAAUAAUUAUAAAAAUUUUAAUAAUUAUUCUAUUAGUAUGUUAGUUUAGUGUAAUGAAACUUACUUCGUUGUUUUAUUUUUUUUUUAUACUUUGCUUGUAUUGUAGUAAUUUUUUUUAUUGAUUAAUAUUUAGCAAUACUCCAAGUUAAGUUACCCAUCCAUUUUCAUUAAUUAAACAUAAUUUUCCUCACCACAUUAUACGUAACAUAAUAAACCCAUUUUUAACGAAUAUGAUUUGUCUCUAAUAAUAUCAAAAUUCAAGUGUGAUUCAUCAUUAAAACAAAAUAUUAAACAUAGUUAACUUUACAAUAUUAUAUGCAAAUAUAAUAUUCGAAUAAAAAUGAAAUACAUACAUAUUAUACAUUACACAUGUGUAAAAAUAAAAUAAACUACUUACAUACAUUUUCUAUAUGUUCAAUAUACACAAA